AUGGGUGCAAUAUUGAAACAGACACAACCAGAUGCAAGAGAAAAACAAGUAGCGUAUUUUUCAAAAAAAUUGAAUGAAACACAAAAAAGAAAAAAAGCUAUAUAUUUAGAAUGUCUAGCGAUCAAAAAAGCGAUAAGAUAACGGGAUCACUGGUUGAUUGGAAGAAAAUUUGAUGUAUACUCAGAUCAUAAACCUCUUGAAAACCUAAACAUAACAGACGAAGAAUUAGGUGAUCUAACAUACUAUUUAUCUCAAUUUGAUUUCAGUAUUACAUACAUAUUAGGAAAACUCAACACUGAAGCAGACAGUCUUAGCAGAAACCCGGUAUUAGAAGCAAUAGAUAGUACUCAGGAAACAUUAAAGAUAGUUAAUACAAUAAAAAUUCAAGAAAUAAAAAAAGAUCAAAAUGAAAAUAUUACCCGAAAAGAACUUAAGGAAAAGACAAUAGACAAACACGUUAUAAUUUAUAAACAAAGUAAAAAUAAAAAGAAGAUAGUAUUAUCAGAAAAAUUGAGUAUUGAAUUAAUAAAAAAUACACACAGAGAUUGGUGUCAUAUUGGCAUAAACCAAAUGAUUAAUAGAAUAUGCCCAUAUUAUACCUCAAAAAGAUGAAUAAAAAACAUAAAUAAAAUAUGCAAGACAUGUGAUAUCUGUAAAAGAAAUAAAUCUAUAGGUCAAGCAAAAUAUGGAUUGAUGUCUCAGUUAGGACCAGCAACAAAGCCGUUUGAGAUAGUAUCGAUUGACACGAUCGGCGGAUUUGAUGGUCGAAGAUCAACGAAAAGAUACCUCCAUCUUUUGGUUGAUCACUAA